AUGGAGAACGCUGUGAUCAUGUGUACCUUGCUGAAAUGGGAAGCAGUGCACAGAGGGGACCUGGAGAGUGACCCUUCACCCCAGUGUUUGGGAUUUGAUUCGAUUCGAUUCCCUACAUUCAAGACGGAAGAUGCCAGGGUCUCGCCUCAGCGCCCCGGCCAGAUGCCUCCACAGCAACAGAGCCACCUCCCUCAGGCCCAGCUCAUGUUGGCGAGCAGUCAGCUGGCAGGGCUCACUGCCCUGUUACCGGCACAGCAGCAGCUGCUGCUCCAACAGGCCCAGGCCCAGUUGUUGGCAGCUGCAGUCCAACACAGCAAUGCAGCGGCCGCCUCCCAGCAUUCCGCUCUCGAGCCGCAGCAACCCAGCAGCCAGCAGCAGCCAGCAGCGUUAGCACUAUCGCAACCAAUCCAAAUAACCGCCCAGGACCUGCAGCAGUUACUCCAGCUCCAGCAGUUGGUCCUGCUGCCUGGGCAUCACCUUGCUGCCAACCUCCAGGGACCUGCACAGUUCCUCCUGCCACAGGCACAGCAAGGACAGCAAGGUCUACUUUCGACACCAAAUCUUUUACAGCUACCUCAGCAAAGCCAAGGGGGACUCCUGCAGACCCAGCCGCGCCUAGGGCUUGCUGCACAGGCAGUGACUCGGCCCGGCCUCCCUGGGUCCAUCGCCCAUGAGCCCCAUCUGCAGGGUAUCCCCCAGACACAGGCAACCAAAGGUGUGGAGGCCCCGGCUCAUCCCGAGGAGCCCAGUGACUUGGAAGAACUCGAACAGUUCGCUCGGAGCUUUAAGCAGCGGCGCAUCAAGCUUGGCUUUACCCAGGGAGACGUUGGCCUGGCCAUGGGGAAGCUGUAUGGAAACGAUUUCAGCCAGACCACCAUCUCCCGUUUCGAAGCGCUGAACCUGAGCUUUAAGAACAUGUGCAAACUGAAACCGCUGCUGGAGAAAUGGCUGAACGAUGCUGAAAACCUGUCUGCGGAUGCCACACUGCCAAGCCCGAAUGCCAUCAGCAGCCCGCCCAUUGGCAUCGAGGGGAUGGGAGGACGCAAGCGGAAAAAGCGAACGAGCAUCGAGACAAAUGUCCGCGUGGCCUUAGAGAAAAGUUUCCUCACUAACCAGAAGCCCACCUCUGAGGAGAUUGUGCUGAUAGCGGAGCAGCUGACCAUGGAGAAGGAAGUCAUUCGGGUCUGGUUCUGUAACAGGAGGCAGAAGGAGAAGCGGAUUAAUCCAGCAAGUAACAUCGGCACCUCCACAAACCCCCAGGCCCACAGCAAAGCCAGCAUCUACACCUCCCACCUGGUAUCUCCACAGACAACAGGCCUGAACCAUCCAGUCUCUCAAGGCACAGACAGCCUGAGCACAACAGGUAACACAUGGCG